ACCUAAAGACAAAUUACAAAUUAUCAAAUUACACUAGUAUAAUCAAUCGGAUUACGUUGAUUGAAGGAAUAAAUUCCGUUUGCUUGCUUUUCCCACUAGAGGGCUCAUUGCACUAGCCAAAAGAAACCGAGGUUUUCCCUUCCCAUAUUAUACUUCCAGUCAAGAAUAGUCGAUGACCUAUUUAAUCCAACGCGGACUCCGCCUUUUUUUCUUCCUUAUUCAAUACGUUAUAUAAUACAUGAUUGAGCGCCGUUUGCGGCUCGUCGUCCAAGUCUGUAGUCACUUGCUCACCCGACUGAAGUGAGAACUAGCUCUCGGCUGUGUGCAGUCUGCUCGAAACCCUUUAUUUCCAGUCUGCUCGAAACCCUUUAUUUCCAGUUAGGCGUUGAAGAGUCUGGUGGGUUGAAUAGUGGAGGAGAAGGUCAAGGAUGUGACGAGAAAAGAAAUCGCGCAAGAUAUCCGUUGGCCAUUUGAGCCAAAGCUUAUGCUUCUCUUUGACAAACACUAACGAGUUUGGCUCGUAACCCCUUCGUAGGACGCGGAUAAAGUGGGCGCAGCUUGACCUGUGGAUGCUAUCGAUGUCGAAAUCGAAAAGAUAAAUGUGGAUCAAAAAGAGGCCUCGUACUAAGAAGUCCGUUUUUCCUGAAUAUUAUUUACAAAUGAAAAGCCAUUUGGACGCAGCAUCUACGCAAAAUAAUAAUAAUCUUGCCAGAGAUUGCUUUUAGAUUUUUUCCCGCGGCAACUCCCUGAAUUCUACCUUGUUAUCUUUUCCCUUUGAAAACAUCCAGAGUGACACCUUGGUAUUUCUUCCCCCGUGGUCUAACAGGGAGAUGCCUCUGCAGUAUGUCAGGAGUCCGAAAGGUAGGGAUCAACUGCUUUAUAAAGGAUACUUGCAUAAGAAAGAGCGGGUGAUUGGGGGGAAGACGUUGUGGAAAUGUGCCGACUACCACAAAUACCAUUGCACAGGGAGGGCCCAUACCUGCUCUAACCAAGUUAUAAAAUACUCCUCACAUCUUCAUCCUCCCAUGAAUAAAGCAUCAAUAGAAGCCAAGCAAGUCAUGCCAGACAUGAAAGAAAUGGGGCCCUCUAGCCAAGAGCUGACUCACAAGUUGGCUGCAACAAAUGGUGAUGUGUUGCCAGGAGCAGUUGUCAGCAGGAAGCCUAGUGUACAAAAUGUGAAGCAGACAAUACAGCGCUUGAGGGCAUGUCUGAAUGCAGCCCGCCAGGUUGCGUCUGGCGUACAACCAUCUUCUACCGCUGCUGAACCAGUUUCUAAAGAUCCAUCCUCCUUGCCAUCUUUCAUGUCUCUAAACUUGGAUGAGCCUUCAGAUGGACACAUUGAUGGGAGUUUCAUCCACCAUAACAAGGUGCAGGCAUCCCACUCAACCUUGAUCCAAACCAGCCGGGAAGCUGGUCGGCAGAGGUUCUGCUUGGGUACCAUCCUGUCUGGAGAAGCUCCCCAGGAAGUCCUCACCCGGUUGUCUGAGGCAGCACAGCAGUGGUUGUGUCCUCACGAGCACAAUAAAGACCAGAUUGUGGAUAUGGUCGUCAUGGAACAGUUCCUGAGUGUGCUGCCCAUGGACAUGCAGAUGUGGGUGAGGACCAGGGAGCCCGGCGGCAGCAAGGAGGCAGCUCAGCUGGCCGAGACAUAUUUCAGGGAACUGGAACCAGCCAAGACAACUCAGGACCCAAUAACCUUUGAGGAUGUAUCUGUGCACUUCACUGAGGAAGAAUGGGCUCUUCUGGGCCACAGAGAAAAAAGCUUAUACUGGAAUGUCAUGCACCAGAAUUACGAUAAUGUGGCCUGGCUUGCAGAAGAUGGUACAGAUGGCAAGAGGGAGGAGGACAAGGAUGCUUGGCAGGGAACUCCUGGCCCUGUGGCUGAGUUGUCAGAACAGUCCAAAGAGGACAUUUCAUGGAGUUCAGAAGAAGACUUGAUCAGGGGGGGCUGCCCAGAGAAGCAGGGGGAAAGCUGCUCAGGAAAAGAAGGGGAAAACAUGGUCAUUUGUCAAAAUGAGUUGAGGAAACUACCCAGAGAUGGUGCGAUUAUGCUUGGACUGAAGACCCAAUGCAGAUGUGUUGAUUGUGAGAAAUGGGAUGAAUCUCCAACACUUAAUAGGCAGAAAAGUCCUGAUGAGGAAGAUCCUGAACCUAUGGUAACAUCUGUGGGGUUGCAUGGGAGAUUGGAGAAGAAGAAGAAACAGAAUCCUGAACAAAGCUUAAUCAGGGGGGACCAGAACAGUAUGGAGAGGCAGCAGUCAAAACACUCAGGGAAGGAAAAAGAGGAACCCAUUAUUUUUAGGAACGGUUUGAAGGACUCCGGUCAGAGUUCACAGUGCAGCUAUCCCAAUGGUGGGGACAAAGAUGAAUCAUUAACACAUGUCCAUCACCUGGAAAUCCACAACAGGGAAGGUUCUGAACAUAUGCUAUUAUCUGAGCAGUUUUCAGGAGUGUCUGAGGAGGGAAUUUCUCAGAGUUUUGAGCAAGACUUCCAGUUGAAUCCUAUGCACACUUACUCAGAAGUAAGCCCCACUGAGUUGACUUACUCAGAAGUAAGCCCCACCUCAGCCUUAAUCAGCAAGAACCAAAACAUUAUGGAGAGCCAGCAAGCCUGCAGCUCAGGGAAGCAAGAAGGGCAAGAUAAAUCACUGGGUUCUGGAACCAUUGGCUUGAGGGUGCUAAAAGAAGACGGGCUUCACCACAAUGCUCAGCCAGGACUAGAGACCCAACCUAUGGGCACCAAUUGUGGGGGUCAAGAUGAAUUUUCGAAAUACAUCAGUAGGCCAAAAAGCACCCUUGGGGAGGAUCUGUAUUCAUGUCCCAAGUGUGAAACACAGCUGGCCCAAAGGUCAGAUCUAGUCAUACAGUGUGGCUGUCCUCGUUCUGAGAAAAUCUCAGGUGGCCUUUCAGCUUUUAUAAAACAUAGAAAAAAUGACAAAAAAAGGAAUGCUUUUAAUAGGACAACCAUGCAGGGAAUCAAUUUGAGAGGGAAAUCUACAAAACGUUGGAAUCAGGAGAAUAGGUGCUGCAGACAAUGCAGCUUUUCUGAAUUAAGAAGGGGCCUAAGGAGACCCCAGUCACCCAGCUCCCUAAAAGCAUUGCAGCUGUCUGUGGGGAAAGAAACAAGGCCCUUGGGGGCUGGAUCUUCCUCUUCAAACCCCCAAGGACUGAAGCCUGAACAGAGGUUUUCCUGCCUUGCUCUUCUAGAGAAUACAGGUGCAAAGCCUAUAGUGGCACAAUUAAUGGCUGUGCUGCAACAAGUUGCUGUGGACACAGCAGAAAUCAAGUCUGCAGUCUCUAGCUUGCAUACCACAAUAACCAGCAUCUACAAUGCCCUAGGGAAUCUUUCUGGAUGUACAGAUGAGGCUGAACACAGGAUCUCUGAUCUUGAGGACACCUCCCGAAAUACCAAGGCCCAGCUUGUGCAGCACUGCAGUGAUAUUAAGGCAAUUGAAGCCAAACUGAUUGGGAAAGCAGUUCAAACCAAUGUGAUCGCAGGAUUAUGGUCCUCUCAGAAGAUCAAGAGAGAAGCAAGGCCCUGAAUCUGCCCUCCCAAUUCCUUAUAAGCAUCUGGUGCAUCCAGAGAUCUUUGCUUUGGUUCAGGGAAGGGUCAGAGGUGGGUAAGUCCAAAACAAGGAUUUUUAGGGGAUUGGCCGAGAUGCUGGUCAAGAUCCUGACUAAUGCUGCAUUUGCACCAGUACAUUGCACUAGCGCAAGACUGUUGCACUAGCUAGUUGUACUAAAUCUGGGGCUUGCAUUCCAGACUAGUGUGGUGCUAACACAGAUCUGUUUGCUUAACAAGGUGUGCAACCUGUGGCAUGCCUUGUGUGUUUUGCAGGGAUUUUUUUUUUUUAAAGAACCACAAUUUCAGAAAUCUGUCAGAUUUAGCACAGUGACAAAAUCUUCCACUAGCUCUACUUUGUUCUUUGCACAAGUGCAGCACAAGGAUGUUGGCUAGUGAGUUUAUAUGCACUCUCUGGCCAUAUUAGAAGUCCUUUGCUAACCUUUGAACCUGCACUUGUUUCAAUAAUCUAAACGAUAAACAAGAAAAGUGAAAUAUUCCUUAUUGUACUGAUGGCCACCAAAAUGGGGAUUUCCUCUUGGGACAAAACGAAUGAGAGCAGCCUAAUUUAAUCAUUGCAUUCAGAAAGGUCUGAAGCAAAUAGGAGUGCAGACUGGUCAGCCCAUUACUCAUCUCCUGCCAAGGAAGAUGUAAUAGGGGGAAAGGCCCCCGCUCAAGUUAUUGCAGUUUGAAAACCCCUGCAAUAUGCAUAUUAAAACUAAAGGGACCAAUUUUCCUCUCUUAGAUCCAUUUAUUUAAUUAUUUUGUUACAUUUCAGAGAGUCUGAUUUUUGGAUGGAAUUUCUUUAAAAGGCAACUUGAUGUUGAUGGAGAAAAGCCUCAAAUAUAAUAGGAAAAUAAUUAAUAGACAAAUACAGAGCAAAGAGAGUUCACUUGGUGUGAAUAUCCAUUUGGGGUAUUUCCACUGAAACCUGCUUUUUGCAUUUUAAAUAUUGGUGUAAUUUAUUUGUGCUGUUUUGAAAAUGACCCUCAUGAAAGAGUCAGUUAAUCUGAAACUCUUCAAAAUAUUUUAAAGUGUGCAUGGAAGAAGCUAUCCUAACAAAUACCUGAGCUUUUUCUGUAGCUUUCGGCAUUGCACCUACUAGUAUCAUAGAAGUUCCCAAUGCUUCUCUUGCCUGGUCAGGUUCUCUUCUUGGCUUUCAACCAAAAUUUGCUGUAAGGUGGAAUGUUAUCAUUUGUUUCUUUUUGACAAUUAAAGCUGCAGUCUUAAGCAUGUUUACUUCCAAGUAAACAUCCAUGGGAUUGGGCAGGGCAUCUUUAUUUCUUUUAGUUUUAAAUCAGUGUUAUUGUAUCCUUUGUGAUCAUGUUACAUAAAAUAUGCUUUUCUAGUCUCGUAUUACAGUGUACAUUUCAACGUGAAAUAAAAGGCAUCUGUCACUCUGAUAAUUCUAAAAUAAACAACCUCUCGAUUUCA